UCUCAAGAAUGAGAUCAUCAAAGUGCGUCCGCGUCAGGUUUGACUUGUUCCAUUGUGCCUAGAAAGUGCAAGUGGUGCUUUUGUAAAACUACAUUGAGUAUAUUAUUAGCUAGAUACGUGCAAUAAGUAAUAACGUUUAUACGGACAUGGAAAAUCAUGGGGAAUUUCCAAACAGCUCAGAAGAAAAGGGUGCUCUAUCAGCAUCGAAAAGAAGGGCAGAAAUCCGGAGACGAAAAUUGCUGAUGAAUUCCGAAGAUAGAAUGAACAGGAUCAUGGGAUUUAGCGGCAGCAAAAAGAAUGAUGCAGAUACCGCAGAUGGUGACAGAAAUUCGCAGGAGCCCAGAGUUCAACUAGAUCUAGAGAAACCAGAGGCUUGGCCUUCCUCAGUACCCUCCAGCAGAUUGUCCCCUCUUUGCGGUGAUUCAAUAGAUGUGGGCAGGAAGGGGUCUCCUCUGCAGGAGAGCAGGGGCACACCAGGCAGCUGUACCGAGGACAGAGGGGCAACAGAGGUUAACCCGAGGUCACAGGGAGAACUGCCUUCAGAGGGAUCUCGGGGACUGCAGCAGUACCUGUCCCAUUUUGAUGAGGCCAUGAAGCUACGUGAGCAGCUGGUUGGUGAGAAGCCAGCCCAGCAUAACGAAUCUGACCCAGAGCCGUUGGAUGUCUUCCGUCUUGUCCGGCUCAUUGGAAGCAUCAUUCUCGCAAUCUUCGUCCGCGUGUUUGUCUGCAACUAUCUGGUUCUCUCAUCUGCUUUUCAGUCCAUAUUUGCUCCAUUUCUGACCCUCCAGCUGGUGUACAUGGGCACUUACAAGUAUUUCCCAAAGAGUGAGAGGAAGAUGAAGCCCACAGUGCUGACUGCCGCCCUUCUGCUGUCUAAAAUCCCAGCCGAACUCAUCAACCGCUCGAUGGACACUUACAGCAGAAUGGGCGACGUCUUCACCGAUCUUUGCAUUUACCUCUUCACCUUUGUUGUGUGCCACGAGACGCUCGUCCUGUUUAAUUUAGAAGGCGCCUGAGGGGUGGGGCUGACAGGUGUCACUCAGUGGAUGAUGCAGUCAGCCACACCCUUUUUUCUACCCAUUCCACAGAGAGCCUGCUGAACCUCACACCUGUUACAGCGGUGAUACCCACACCUUGCACCACUCCCCAUCUGCCACAUCUGUAACUGACGUGGCUUCAAACUGACGUUUGAAUAAGUAAAGACAUUCCGUUUUCCCAAAUCAAAUGUUCUCGAUUUCUUUUUCUUUCAUCUUUUCCUAGCCCCUCCCGAUGGGUGGAGCUAGGGACAAGAUUGGAAUGAGCCCCUUGUCUGAAUUGGCCGCUGAUGUAUAUCCAAACAACUCUGCAUCUCUUCAAGCACUACAGUGACCGGCACUAAAUUACAGCAACUCUUAGGGUAGAGGGUUCCUCGAGCCUGGUGCUGGAGAGCCACAGGGUGGGCUGGUAUUCAGUGUUACUCCGCAUUAAUAAAAUUAAAGAUUUUUUAUUUCCUCACCACAGCUGGUUUCUUCUGGUUUUAAUGUGAAAAUAUAAAACAGGAGACCACGUGGCUCUCCAGGAUUAGGGCUGGUGACUAUCUAAGACAUUAGCAUAAAAAUAUACUUUAAUCUCAUUUUAAGAUGAACUGAAGAAUGCAAGAUCAGUUAAUUGCUACUUCGCUUUACAUGUUGUUUAAUGACUAAACAUAUGGAGUCUCUCUUUUAUUGCAGUAUAAAAUGUAUUUUGUCUGGUAAAGUUAUUUUACCUUGUUAAAGACUUGACUAUGCUUAAAGCUGCACUGAAUGUGUGUACAUAUCUUCUCUCUGAUUUCAUGGUUAGGUUUUUGGAGCUGGUUUACUUUAUAAAUGUGCAUAAGCUUCAGGGGAGGGUGUAACUGUGUCCUGUCAGUGUUUAUUUCUUGUGUUUUCAUCCUCUCUGUGCCCUGUGGGAGCUGUUGAAGGGGUUCAUGGUAACCCAACAUCAUACUCCCAGUUUACACUGCUUGUCAUUACUUUUUCUUUCAUUAUUACAUUGUUAAAAAAAUACAAUAAUACAAGUAAAGUUAAUGACAUUUUUAUUGUAUCACAAUUUCUAUAUUAAAUAUAAUCGCAAUGA